CGGUCCGGCCUGUCGCUCAUCUCCUCCCAGUCAGCUGCUGCUGUGCCCAGCUUUGCCGGGGUCCCAUCAUGGCAGUGUAUCGCCUGUGUGUGACCACUGGUCCCUACCUGAAGGCCGGCACAAUGGACAGCAUCUACACCACACUGGUGGGCACAUGUGGUGAGAGCCCCAAGCAGCGGCUGGAUCGAGUGGGCAGGGACUUCGCCUCUGGAUCGGUACAGAAGUACAAGGUGCGCUGCGCAGCCGAGCUAGGCGAGCUUUUGCUGCUUCGCUUACACAAGGAGCGCUACGCUUUCUUCCGAAAGGACUCCUGGUACUGCAGCCGCAUCAGUGUCACUGGCCCAGAUGGCACUGUUGUCCACUUUCCCUGCUAUCAAUGGAUUGAGGGCUACUGCACCAUCGAACUGCGGCCAGGAACAGCAAGAACUAUUUGUCAUGACUCCCUUCCCCUCCUUCUGGAUCACAGGAAACGGGAAGUCCAAGCUCGACAAGAAUGCUAUCGCUGGAAGAUCUAUGCCCCCGGCUUUCCCCGAAUGGUGGAUGUCAGUAGCUUUGAGGAGAUGGAGUCAGAUAAGAACUUUGCCUUGACCAAGACGGCACCUUAUGUAGACCAGGGUGACAGCCCUGGGAAUCGGUACCUGCCUGGCUUCCCCAUGAAAAUUGACUUACCAUCUCUGCUGCACAUGGAGCCCAAUAUUCGCUACUCAGCUACCAAGACGGCCUCGCUGAUCUUCAAUGCCCUUCCUGCGUCCUUGGGCAUGAAGAUUCGAGGGCUGCUGGACCGCAAGGGUUCCUGGAAGAAGCUGGAUGAUAUCCGGAACAUCUUCUGGUGCCACAAGACCUUCACAUCAGAGUAUGUCACACAGCACUGGUGUGAGGACAACUUCUUUGGUUACCAGUACCUGAAUGGCGUCAAUCCUGUCAUGCUCCAUUGCCUCUCCAGCUUGCCCAACAAGCUGCCUGUCACCAAUGACAUGGUGGCCCCCUUGCUGGGACCAGGCACCUGCCUACAGACAGAGCUAGAGAGGGGGAACAUAUUCCUGGCCGACUACUGGAUCCUGGCGGAUGCACCUGUCAAUUGCCUGAACGGCCGCCAGCAAUACGUAGCAGCCCCACUCUGCCUGUUGUGGCUCAACCCGCAGGGGGCGCUGCUGCCCUUGGCCAUCCAGCUCGGCCAGACUCCGGGGCCGGAGAGCCCCAUCUUUCUGCCUACUGAUUCCGAGUGGGAUUGGCUGCUGGCCAAGACGUGGGUGCGCAACUCCGAGUUCUUGGUGCACGAGAACAACACGCACUUUUUGUGCACGCAUUUGCUGUGCGAGGCCUUCUCCAUGGCCACACUGCGUCAGCUGCCUCUCUGCCAUCCUGUCUACAAGCUCCUGCUUCCCCACACUCGCUACACGCUGCAGGUGAACACCAUCGCGAGGGCCACGCUGCUCAACCCAGACGGCCUGGUGGACAAGGUCACGUCCAUUGGGAGGCGAGGCCUCAUCUACCUCAUGAGCACAGGUCUGGCCCACUUCACCUACACCAAUUUCUGCCUCCCGGAUAGUCUGCGGGCCCGUGGUGUCCUGACCAUUCCCAAUUACCAUUACCGAGAUGAUGGCCUGAAGAUCUGGGCAGCCAUUGAAAGCUUUGUCUCAGCAAUCGUGGGUUACUAUUAUCCCAGUGAUGCAUCGGUACAGGAGGACUCUGAGCUGCAGGCCUGGGUCAGCGAAAUUUUUACUCAGGCGUUCCUAGGCCGGGAAAGCUCAGGCUUCCCAAGCCGGCUGUGCACCCCAGGAGAGCUGGUGAAGUAUCUCACUGCAAUCAUCUUUAACUGUUCCGCCCAGCACGCUGCUGUCAAUAGUGGGCAGCAUGACUUUGGGGCCUGGAUGCCUAAUGCCCCAUCAUCUAUGAGGCAGCCCCCUCCUCAGACCAAGGGGACCACCACCCUGAAGAGUUACCUAGACACCCUUCCAGAAGUGAAUGUCACCUGUAACAACCUUCUCCUCUUCUGGUUGGUCAGCCAAGAGCCCAAGGACCAGAGACCCCUGGGCACCUACCCAGAUGAACACUUCACAGAGGAGGUUCCAAAGCAGAGCAUUGCAGUCUUCCAAAGCUGCCUGGCCCAGAUCUCGAGGGACAUCAGGGAGCGGAACCAGAGCCUGGCACUCCCCUAUGCCUACCUGGAUCCUCCCCUCAUCGAGAACAGCGUCUCCAUCUAACCCCUGCCUCAGACCACCCCAAAGGAGAAAGGUCCAAGCAUGAGAAAGGCCACUUUCCCAUGGUCUUUGAGAUCUUUCCAUCCUCCCUAUUCUCAGCCUGAAACUUCACUGCAUGUGGAGACCAAGAUGGCUGCAGCAUCCUAUGAAUAGGCCUUGAGCUGUGAUGGACAUAUAUUGCACUCUCCAGGGUGAAAGCCGCUGAAUACAGUCAAAAGCACAAGAGAACCCUUGAAAAGAAGGAUCCCCUGCACCCCUUCCUGAUUUGGGGCAGCCUCUGUUCCAACCUCUUGUGGGAAUCUUCCUCCUUCUUUGGGAGGCCCAGCUUGUGUUUCUGACCUCUCCUUCCCAACCUUCCCCAUC